AUGCGUUUCCCAUUCAUCAUUGCAUAUCUACUGGCUCUCGCCUGCAUCGCUUCAGCAUCGAUUGACGUCUGUGCCACCGCUACCGGAGACCAGGCUCCACAAGUCAUAUUCCCCAAGAACUCAAAGUUCGCCAUUCUCCUCAAGCCUCUCCGAGGUGUCAUCGAUGCCUUCUACAAACGACUUCCCUACAAGAACAAGAAGGAGACUGAACGCCAGCCUUGGACCAUCACCACUUAUCCGAGUUACGCCCACAAAACCGACGAUGGAUGGAGAGCCCACAUUCACGGCAAUAUCCACCGUCGACAACCCUACGAUGAGGUUCAACUGAACAAGAUUCUCAAUGGGUUCCUCAUCCGUACUCGCCUCGAAGUCAAGAAGUGGAAGUUUUGGGAAGCUGGCUACCACACACUGACAGAAACGGAGCUCGCACAAGGAAGGCCACUGGCGCUCGAAAUUGCCUCAGUACCCAUCUGCCACGCCACCAUCGGCGCUGUCAUUGAUGCUUGUGGCGAAGGCUCUAUUCUCCCAGUUGCAAGCAACCAGGAAGGCUCGUUCUACGGCACGACCUCCAUAUCCGACUCAUGUGCUCUCGCGAACAACAAGAGCUCCAUUGACAUCCCCUCUCAGAGAUUCUCCCUUGUCCCUUGCAAUCUCCGUAUCGGUUCCGGCAUCGACAAGGACGUUCCCAACUCUGCGGAUGUCUUGUUCGUCCCUCCAAGAGGUAUUACCAUCAUUGCCGACCUGGAUGACGUACUGCGAGUCACGGACAAUUGGAAUGUGAAACAAACACUCUUGAAUGUUUUCGUUCGUCCAUUCAUGCCAUGGAGAGACAUGCCGGCGGUGCUGUGGGAUCUCAAGAGACGCAUCGAGGCUGAAGGCCAGAAUGUGCACUUCCAUUAUCUGACAGACGCUCCCGAGGCCAUAUCCAGCUCUUACACCGAUCACAUCUUCGACAAGUAUCCCAAGGGGUCGUUUGACUUUCGUCCAAUGAACUUCACCAAGACCGGCGAGAUGCUCAAUGCCCGUAAGCACAAUGUCAGGAGACUUAUGGAGAGCUUUCCCGGGCGAAGAUUCAUCUCAAUUUACGAUACCAACAACAACAUGAAAAGAUUUCCGGAAGACAUGGGCGAAUGGUAUCCUCGCAUUCAAUGCCUCCUUAUUCGAGAUACCCCAGCUACUGAGAGGUCGGACUGGGUCACUCCUGACACCCGCCCCUUUUUCGAUCUUGAUGAUACAGAGUAUCUCUUCUUCCGCAUCCCAGACGACCUCAAGCGACUCUCGGGAAAACAUCUGGCAUCACUUGCACCACAGACCAACGAAGAGACAAGAACCUUCGGCUGCUUCGACUCCGAUCACAAGUUGGUCCAGGCCAUGGAGCCUAGCACUUCACGUUGGACCAAGGUCAAGAGUUUUGCCAGGGCGGCUUGGUGGAACCUCAAGUGUGCUGCAAUCUUACCAAUGUGGAGACCCAACGAGAAGUGUCCCUUCGACCGUCUUCCGAAUGAGACGUAUUACGAUGGCAUGAUAGAGCCAGAAGUGGAGGUGGAGCCCUACACCGAUAACAUGCCUUGGCAAGAAUAUAUCGUACCGAGUCGCCCAGACAAACCAGCAGAACCAGAGCGAGAGGACGAUCCAGAUGAUGAUGAGGACCCUGAUCCUGAGAAAGAAGAUGGCGACGACCCGGAUGAUGAUGAGGACCCAGACGAUGACGACGACCCAGAUGGUGAAGAUACUGAUGAUGACGACGAAGAAGAGGAUGGAGGUCACCAUGAGAAAGGUCAUGACCAGGCAGGACACGACGGACAUUGA